AUGAGUUAUCGGCUUUUUGAAAGAGAGCAUGGAGAACAUGUUGGCUAUGGGGGCCAUGAAGAUCACAACCCAAACAGUGGAGCCGAUAUGAAGAGGUCGUUGCGCGUCGAUUCAAUAUUUGAGCUAAUAAUUGCUUGUUUAAUCGUAGCAGCAAUAACAGCAUCAUAUGAGUGGCUUCGUGAAUAUGCUCGUAAAGUAGACGAGCGAAUAUUGCAAGGGGAAUUACAGCGAUUACGAGAUGAGACGAGUCCUUUGUUAGGUGUAGAUCGAUCCUCUUCUAAUGAGAAUGGAAGUGCAGUACGUCCCAGCAUCCAUAAAUUGACAAAUCGACAACAGUUGAAGCGUUCAAUUCUUUACGCGGUUCAAGUUCUUAUUUCAAUGUUUAUCAUGCUUAUAUUUAUGACUUAUAAUGCGUAUUUGAUGACUAGUGUGGUCGUUGGGGCUGGUAUCGGUUAUUAUUGUUUCACAAACCGUACCUUGUCGUUAACACAAGAUACGGUGACUAGAAGUGUAGCAUGCCAUUGA